AUGGCCUUCAAUGAUGAGAGGGUCAAACCCCACUUCGAUCCUAAAAUUUGGGUUUAUGUUUCUCAAGAUUUUGAUGUGAAAAGGGUGAUCAAAGCAACAAUAGAAUCUGCAAAUGAAAAAGCUUGUGAGGCAGUUGACCUAGACUCACUGCAGAGAAAGCUUCGCGACAUGCUGCAUGGGAAAAGAUACCUGAUUGUAUUAGAUGAUGUGUGGUAUGAAGAUCCAGACAAGUGGGAUGCGUUCAAGUAUUCACUAGCAUGUGGAUCAAAAGGUGCUUCCGUUAUUGUCACUACUCGUGUUGAUAAGGUUGCAUCAAUCAUGGGAACUAUUUCACCUCAUCGCUUGUCAGUUUUAUCCAAAGAAGAUUGUUGGUUGUUGUUCAGGCAACGAGCAUUUGGACUUGGAAAUGAAGAACGCCCAAACUUUGUCGCCAUUGGGAAGGAGAUAGUGAAGAAGUGCGGGGGUGUGCCUUUAGCUGCGAAGGCCCUCGGAGGGCUAAUGCGCUUCAAAAGUGAGGAAAAAGAGUGGCUUCAUGUUAAGGAAAGUGAAAUUUGGAAAUUACCCCAGGACAAAAAUUCCAUCUUGCCUGCCUUAAGAUUAAGUUACUUUUAUCUUCCAUUGGAAUCAAGACAAUGUUUUGCUUAUUGUGCCAUUUUCCCAAAGGGUUCUCAAAUUCGAAAGAGAGACCUAAUUCAUCUUUGGAUGGCUAAUGGCUAUAUUUCAUGCAAAGGAGGAUGGGAACCGGAAGAUAUUGGUGAUCAGAUUUGGAAUGAAUUAUGUUUGGUAUCUUUUUUCCAAGAGGUGAAGGACGGCGGAAGUAAUGUAUAUUUCAAGAUGCAUGAUCUUGUGCACGAUCUUGCCCAAUCAAUUAUGAAGGGUGAAUGUCAAAUGAUCGAGUUUAACAGUUCAAGUGAUAUAUACAACGGAAAAGCUCAUCAUCUAACAUUGGUUGACGGGCGUAAGGAAAAUUUUCAUACCACAUUUCACAAAGUUGUAUCCUUACGGACAUUACGACAACAACGUUCAAAUUGGUUAUUCCUAGAUGACUUAUUUUUGUGUGAUUUCAGAAUGUUUGGUUCACUGCGAGCUUUUGAUGCACCGGACAGAGUGGGAGCGUUGCCACCUUCAAUUGGCAACUCAAAACAUUUGAGGUAUUUGAACCUUUCCCGUUCUAGUUUCUUGCGACUUCCUGAUUCAAUUUGUAAUCUCUUGAAUUUGCAAACAUUAAUCCUAGAACACUGUCACAAUCUUGGGAGAUUGCCCCAGAACAUGAUGUACCUGAGAAGUCUCCGGCAUCUUUUUCUGUCAGGGUGUCGGUUAAUUGAGAUGCCCCCAAAAAUUGGGCAGCUAACUAACCUGAAGACAUUAAGUGAAUUUGUUGUGGGUAAGAGCACUGAUUGUAGUCUCCUAGCUGAAUUGAAAUGCUUAAACCUUCAAGGAGAACUUUGUAUCUGGAACCUUGAGACAGUGAGAAAUCCGAUGGAUGCAAAAGAAGCCAAUUUAGUGGGAAUGCAAAAUCUUAGUAAGUUGCAACUAAAUUGGGCAUAUGGUUUUGCUGAAUGUGAAUCACAGGAAAAUGUUAAAUCUCAGCUAGUACUUGAAGCCCUUCAACCUCAUCCAAACCUAAAGAAGUUGGACAUAAGCGGGUACAUAGGUACUCAAUUCCCGCUCUGGAUGAGGGGUUCAGAUCUUCAAAAUGUAGUUAAUAUCCGGCUCUCCGGGUGCAACAACUGCUUACAACUUCCACCGCUUGGACAACUACCUUUGCUACAAAGCCUUGAAAUUUCUGGAAUGAAAGUAGUGGGGUGUAUUGAAAACGAAUAUCCUGGCGGUGGAGGAUUCCCAUCUUUGGAAGAACUCACAGUUCACGAUUGUCCGAAAUUGGAAGGUUUGUCAAGGGAGGAGGGAAGAGAGUUGUUCCCUCGUCUUCGUAAGAUAGAUAUUGCUUAUUGUCCUAAAUUGAGCUUCCCGCAUCUUUCGGCUCCCAAAGAAUUGUCGUUGGUUGGCGACUACACCACGGGACUAAAUUCAAUAUCAAAUCUUAAUAGUCUCACUUCCCUCACUAUUGGUUAUGAUGACAAGACGGUUUGUUUUCCAAAAGAGUUUCUGAGGAACCUUACUCUUCUUGAGUCACUAGUGAUUGAGAAUUAUUAUGAGCUUAAAGUGUUGCCUGGAGACCUUGCAAGCCUUGUCACAUUGAAGUCAUUGAAGAUCAUAGACUGUCCAAAGCUCGAGUCUUUGCCAGAGGAAGGGCUACGAGGCCUUCAAUCGUUGCUCAUUAUCAACUGCUAUGAACUGGAAAGGCGAUGUGAGAAGGGCAAGGGGGAGGAUUGGUGCUGCCAUGCUCUUUGGGUCACGAUGGCUGCUGCUAGUAUUGAAGUGGCUGUGGCAUCGGAUGCUUUGUUGGUGGGAAG